AUGGAACGACACGGCCAUUGCUUUGACCUCGCGAAUAUCGAGCAAGGCAUUAUUGAGCUACGCACGAUAUCGACGACUCGAGCAGGGAACCCGUCGGUCAUGGCACCCUCUGGUGAAGUCCUAUGUUUCGUGAUGCACGAUAACGUCGGCUCGCGGCUCGAAGAUGUCACUCCAGCUGCCGCCUUACUCGCCCCUAUGAAACCGCGAUGGAUCAUUUGA